CAGUGACGUCACACACUAUUUGUGAAUGUGAGUUCGCGGAGAGCCACGCGGAACAGAGACGCGCGACGGAAGAAGGAGUUUAAAACGAGACUUUAUCAAAGAUUAAACUCACUUACAGUCACAUCGACAUUACUGCAGGACUAAUAACAGAAACAUAAACAAAUGACAACUUUUCAGAGACGUUUUUGACACUUUUGAGAGUUGAAGUUUUGGAUCUUGCAAGACAACACACACUGUAACCGUUUUAAAGGGAGAGAAAGCGCGUUAAUGUAAAAUAGUGUGUAUGUGUGUUUGUGUGUAUGUCUGACUGACUGACUGUCUGUGUAUGCACGGGCAGAGAUGAAGAUAGAGUUUGCUCCUCUGCAUGUUCCUCUGCGCAGGCGUCUGCAGACAGCUGCAGUUGUUCAGUGGGUCUUCAGCUUCUUGGCUUUGGCUCAGGUCUGUCUGGCUGCGUUUAUACUCUUGUGCCUUAGUGAUUGGUGGAUUGUGGGAGUGGUGUAUGCUGGUUGGCUGUACUUGGACAGGGACACACCCUUAUGUGGAGGUCGGAGGUCACAGUGGGUCAGAAGUUGGAGCGUAUGGACGUAUUUCAAAGAUUAUUUCCCCAUCACACUGAUAAAAACAGUGGAUUUGGAUCCUCGUCACAAUUAUCUGUUUGGCUUUCAUCCUCACGGUGUGCUGGUUGCAGGUGGUUUUGGGAAUUUCUGCACGGAAGCGUCCGGAUUCUCGCGGAUGUUCCCAGGCCUCACACCUUAUCUACUGAUGCUUCCCUUCUGGUUCAGAGUUCCGUUCUUCAGAGAUUACAUCAUGAGUGGAGGUUUGGUCUCCAGUGAGAAAGCCAGUGCCAGUUACCUGUUGAGUCGACCAGGCGGGGGUCACGUGGCCGUGGUGGCGGUGGGCGGCGCUCCGGAAUCGCUGGACGCACGACCGGGAGCCCUGACCCUCCAGGUGCUCCAGAGGAAAGGCUUCAUUAAACUGGCUCUCAAACACGGAGCGUGGUUGGUUCCCGUGUUCUCGUUCGGAGAGAACGAGCUCUUUGAUCAGAUGGAGAACCCCGCUGGCUCCACCCUGCGUCGUGUGCAGGACCGCCUCCAGAAGAUCAUGGGCGUGGCUUUGCCUCUCUUUCAUGCCAGAGGUGUUUUUCAGUACAGCUUUGGUCUUCUUCCAUACAGGAAACCCAUACACACCGUUGUUGGACGCCCCAUCCAAGUAGUUCAGAGCUCCUGUCCCAGUAAAGAUGACAUUGACACUCUUCACUCUCGCUAUAUGGAGGGUCUGACGCAGUUGUUUGAGGAAAAUAAGAAACACUACGGCAUUCCUGAAGACAAACAUCUCAAUUUCAUCUGAACAUGCGUCUGUGUUUGUGUUAGUUUGUGUGCGUUUGUUUACUGUUUCUCAAUGUUUGGUACAAUACAUAUUUAAAAAUAAUGAGAAACUGGAAGUGUUUAAUGAAUAAUUUUUCCUCAGACACUUGAGGAUCUGAAGUUACACUACUGUAAGAUUCUUACCAGAGUUAAUUUCACAGUUUGUGUCAGGAGCACAAUUAUCAUUUGCUCUCUGUCUUUCUGGAGAAAGUGUUCAUCUUGUGUAAUAAUGUUUGUUUUUAAUACAUUGGGCUCUUACAGUUGUUCUGGAGCAGGAAUGAUUGUAGGAUUGAUCCAAUGUUUGAUGCUAAAACACAUUAAUAAUCUAUUUUAAUUAACCACCAAACUGAUUCUAUAAAUGUAUAUCCAGAAAUGUGAAGUGUUUGAGUAUCCUAACUGCUUUAAAAUAAGAAAAUAAACUGAUGAUUGGUUGAUAAUUGUU